UUUUUAAUUACCAUGACCCAUUCAGAAAAUAUCGUUUAACUUCGGGCACCUCCGACACCAACGUAAGAAAUACCGAGUAAGCGUAUAAAAGCUCCUCACAGCGAUAUCCCGUUCGCGGAGCUCUCAAGAAGGUUUCACGCGCUGGGCAGGAGCUUGAUUGAUAGGGCCAUUCUACGAUAUUCUCGAUCUGCAUCCGGUCCAAGAUGGCUCUUCUGGACGAUUGGAGAACUGUUGUCAAUGCUCAUUAUAUCAGCAAUAUCAUUCUUGCUGUUUUGUAUUUUAUUUUGAAAACAACACCGACAGUUUGCACAUUUCUUUUCGAAGACUGCAAGCUAGAAAUCAAAGAGUGGGAAUGGAUCACAUUUCUUGGCUGCGUCAUUGUUUUGAAAAAUAGAAAAGAAGCCACGAUCAACAAAUAUAUCUCUACUACCUGUUUGUUUGCCAAGAUCUUGAAUGUGGUGAUGUUCUUCAAGCAGAGUCCUGGUCUGGGUAUAGCUUACUGUGUUUUGUGUUUACUCCAGUUCAUAUUUCUGCCUGAACCAACAUACAAUGGUCCAGAGUAUGUCACCUAUUUCCGAGGACCACAUUUAGAGGAGGAGCUGGAGAAAGACACAAGAGUUAGAUGGUUCAUCACUUUUUAUGCAGCAUGGUCACCCACUUGUAUGCAGUUUGCUCCAACAUUCUCUGAAGUGUCAGCUGAGUACUCCCUAAACAAUCUGAAAUUUGGUAAAAUUGAUGUGUCCAGAUAUCCAGCUUUAGCUGAGAAGUUUAAGAUAGACCAUAGUGCUUGGUCCAGACAGCUUCCUACUAUUGUCUUCUUUGAGGAUGGCAAGGAAAAGACAAGACGGCCAUUAUCCACCAAACAUCAUACACUCAAGUUCUCUUCAACAAAGGAAAACUUUGUCAAAGAGUUUGAAUUGAAUGAGGUUUAUAACCAGUGCAAGAAGAAUCCCUUGGUUGUGAGGAAGAAAAAGGAUGACUGAGGGGCCCAUCUAUCAUUGUCACCUGUACAUGAUCACACAAGUGACUUCUAGUCGGCAUCGCAACACCACUCAAGCUCCUCGGCUUUCCUGUGGUUUUUAAUAUAAAAAUAACAAAAGAUCCAGGUUGAACCUGAAAUCUUUACUGUUGGAUGUAGGUGGGAAUGCAGUUAGGUACAGAUUGGGUUGUAUUUGUGUACAUGCAAUUUAAUUAAAAUCAGAUCUAAGUUCUCGCUAUCGCCAAACAAAGAUCUGAGGACAUUCCAUUACGGUUCAGAACGACCUUUCAUCCAACCAAUCAGAGCGUCGCUUACCAGAUCAUGAAAGUGACAGUCAGAAUGUGUUUUCUAAUCAUGCAACCACGAAAUAUUUAACAUGGGGUAUUCCGAACGACAGUUACAGGUUUUAUGAUUAUAUCAAUUCAAUCCAGGCCAUCUAUGUCAUUCCAGAAUGUUCUUAUCAGUUUUAAAAUAUUUAAUCGAGAACACGGCAAAAUAUGUUUCGAAGCGUAGUUGCCAGUUUGAAACUAGUGUCGUAAAACUCAAGAAAGCUGCCUUCUGAUUGGCUAAUGUCGAUUUCUUGUCAGUCAUUUUAUUGGUCGGUCAAAAUUCGCGAAAGGUCAUUCUAACGUGACCUGUAAUGGGGUGUCCUUAGAUCUUUGUUUAGCGGUAGCGAAAACUAAGAUCUGAUUUUAAUGAGAUUGGUGUACAUGUAUUGUAAUAAUUAUUCCAGAUAAAAAAUGAGUUUGUAAUUAAUAUUUUUUGCCCAAAUGGGUGUUGGCCAAUAACAAACAUCACAGACUGCAGUAUGUCUUCGUUGACUGACCCAGUUGUGCAACGAUGUAGUGACCACUGAGAUAAUUAUGGAUUUGGAUCAAAUAGCCUACUGAACCAUGUAGACAAGAACAGCCAAAGAUAUGUUUAGUAUUUUGUUCAUCUUUUGAACAUCUUUCUUAGUUAAUGAUGGAGAAAAGUCUUUUGUGUCAUCUUCAUUUUUGAUCAUGAAGAUUUCAUGACCAUAACAAAAAUGCAGUUAUCUCUGAAGAAUUGUUUUCUGGUGCCUUCCAAACAAAUUAGUGUAUGGAGUGAAAAUCCAUGAAAGUGACCACACUAUAUUACUGUUUUGCAACCCUUUGAAUUAGGCUUGGUUACUAUUUUGCUUACUCGGGUGGACAAAUGCUUUUGCUAGUGAGGUGAGCCAGUGUGGUAUUUAAUGUAUGUGUUAUUUAAGUGUGAUGAUGACUUGUAAGACUGAACGCUGGAUCACCUUGUGGGGCUCAACAUGUGGUAUAUUGGUAGGAGUUAGUGGGGCUCAACGUGUGGUAUAUUGGUAGGAGUUAGUGGGGCUCAACAUGUGGUAUAUUGGUAGGAGUUAGUGGGGCUCAACAUGUGGUAUAUUGGUAGGAGUUAGUGGGGCUCAACGUGUGGUAUAUUGGUAGGAGUUAGUGGGGCUCAACGUGUGGUAUAUUGGUAGGAGUUAGUGGGGCUCAACGUGUGGUAUAUUGGUAGGAGUUAGUGGGGCUCAACGUGUGGUAUAUUGGUAGGAGUUAGUGGGGCUCAACAUGUGGUAUAUUGGUAGGAGUGAAUAGGGCUCAUCAUAUGACAGUUAUUCCCCUGUCUUUUGAAACUUGACCAAACAUUAAUCCAAACCAUGAAUGUUGUAGUUUGUAUAUAUUGUUCAAAGUGUAUGUAACUGGAGUGACAACAAUGUUGCACAAUUAUUCUUUUACUGUCUUCAGUUGUGGAACAGUCCUGGUAUUGCUGCAAUCUGACAGAUUAAGAGACUUGACACUGUUACUGUGUUGUAGCGCUAAUAUUGCAUUAUUGAUUACACAUAGCAGAAUCUGAAACAUGCAUAACAUAUCUCUGUUGUGUAUAUGUAGUGUUUUAAUUGAUGACUUCAUUAAUGUGUGUAGCUCAUUGUGUCCUUGCCUUUGACUUUCUCUUGCUGCUACUGAUCCAGCUGUGUGCUGAAUGAAGAGCUGCAUGUCAUGAAUCUAGCCAGCUGAGUUUGUUUGUGUGUUGUGUGUUGUCCGUUGCGUUGGAAGACUUUAAGGUGGUGGUGACCACAGUGGCGGCAGACCCAUUUUAUGUGUCAUGGCUGAUUGUUCCUUCAAUUGUCAUAAUCAGUAAACAUAUUUUUAAAAUCAUCAAGACUGGUGACGCUGAAACUGUAUGAACAUGUCCCUACCAGUGAUUGUAAAUAGGAAAAUACUAAGAAAAUCUUUGAUCGCUUUCAUCUGAAAUUUAGCAUAUACAUUCCUAUGAAUGAAGGCAUCUGAUUAAACGCUCUAUUUUUCAGGGUUUUCUUACGACUUGAAAAAUAAUUAAAUAUUUCAAGAACAAACAUAAAACACUUUCAUCUAUUAAAGGCAAAGUUGUCUGAAUGAUUAUACCAGUGCUGGUUUCAAGUGCUUUAAAGACAUGAUCAGCUGUCAACUUGGCUUCAGCAACUGUGUCUCAUGAAUAACAAGGCAAGGAAAGCCAAACCAUUGUUGAUCUGUGUGGGAUGUAGUCACUUUCUGCACAGUAACCAAACUCCAGGAAAAGUGCUUCUCAGUUGUGUGUGUGUAUACAACUUGGAUGCGUAUUUGAAUUCAUAACAGAUUGAUGCUAACAUAAUCUGAAGUUAGUGACUUCAAGGUCAUUUACAGCUGGUUAGAAGCGUGCAUUAUAACCUGAUCGGGGUCACACCUUUUCAAAGUUUGUUGGGUUUGGUUGCAUCCAUAAACCAAUCAGAAAUACUGUUGAAGUAACAAUAGAUUUAAUGUUAUUGUAUUUGCCCAGUUGCCCUAUGUUUAAUGGGUGAGAAAGAUAAAAAGAUCCAAGAAAAAUAAUACAUGAUUAAACUAACACUUGAUUUUAUUGUAUGAAUUGAUAAAAUUCAUUGUAUGAAGACUGCCCACUUCAAACCUCUCCGAAGUAUUUACUAAAUACAUGUUACUAAAGAUCCUGCACUUUAAACAUUUAGUGUGCUAUCACCACUAAACUGUAACAAACAAGGACAUGCCAUAAUUAUUACAACAAGACUGUGACCUUAGCAAUAAUCGCUCAUCUGGAAUGAGGGUCACCAGAUCAUUCUUUGUAAGUACGGAAUAUGUCUUACCAAAUGUACUGAUGAUCCAUAUGACGGAGGGUUCAUUAUACCGGUCCCAACAUCGCUUGAACUGUAAUUCCGGUUUAACAGACAAUGAUAGGUAAUAACUAUUUCUUCAGCUGUUUCUUUUACAGUGUAAACUAUCUUGUUGGCAUCCAUCAUUUGUAGGUCACCAGACUGAAAGUCAAGUGAGCUUUUGUCAUGGUCUGCUUUCCUGGCAUGGUUGUCAUCGCCAGUAUCGUCGACUGUAAACAUCAUCUCCUCAGAAACCACAACACUGAAACUUUGAAUGGUUGUUCCCACCAAUGACAACACCUGAAUUUGCUUGAGAGAUUUAAAUCUGAUUUUCAAUAUGGUUGGCACUGCUCAGCCAGUUUCUGUUCAAAAUGUGUAGCUCAUAAGCUCUCACUAAAUGCAGGUUUCUUCUUAUGAUGACAUAUUAUUAGGAUUUUAAUGUGUUUUGUGAACCUAUUAGAAACAAUAUGUGUGAUCAGUAAAAACGUUAUUGCCCAAAAAAGUAUUAUAAGUCUCAGUAACUCAAACUUUGUUUAAAGUAAAUUUAACUUUAGUACAUAAUGUACAUCGCAACAAUGUUUAUUAUAUACGAUAGUGCAAUUGUUUUUGCAGAUUUAGAAACAUUUGGAUAUUUGUUACUUUUAUCCUCAGUAUUUUAGCUGGAAAUACUGAAGGCAGCUUGGCAAUAUUCCAGAUAUAUGACUGCCAUAUACAGAUCAAUCUCAUUAACAUCAGGUCUUAGUUCUUGCUACCACAAAACAAUCUGAUUUUAAUGAGAUUGUGCACAGUUUGAAUGUACUUGACAGGAUUGAAGGACCUUGUUCUGUAUCGCCCGUCAUGUGUUGUUCUUGGGAAGAUGACUUUCUGUAUGGGUACAACAUAAUGAAGCGGUAUGUAUAUUUUAUAAUCAGAAUAUGAAUGUUCAAUUGUUAUUAUCUAUACACAUGAAAAUAAAUGUUUUUUUAAAAUA